AUGUCUGAAGAAAGCCUUAAGAAAAAACACCUAAGUGGUUCAGAAAAACGCAAAAAGCGUCUUGAACAACAAAACAAGCGAGAUGAAGUGUUAAAGAAGACAUACAACCUUUUUCAACUUGGAUUCAGCCGUCAAUCGCCAGAGAUCCAACAUUCUCCAAGUACGUCUACUGGCCAAUCUUCGGAUACAAACGCGGUAGAACUUCCUUCCGAGUGUUCUGAACAGACUCAACAGGAUAAAGAAACAUCUACUUCGAAGUGUGCAGACGGAGGCGAGGACGAGGUCCAAAUACUAAAUCAAAGCAUUGAACAGCUUGGAGUAGAAUAUCAGAAUGACAUUGGAAUAUGGCAAAAUAUUAAUAACGAAAUACAAGAUUUUUGGUGUGCAAGAGAUCCAUACGAAUGCCAAAACUUUGAAUGCGAUUUUUCUGCUUCAAGUCGACAGUACGAUGAUACCAAAAGAUUUUUUUCUCAGUCAAUGUUUUUUCGAAAACAUGUAAGUGGUGGUAAAAUAAAACGAGAGUGGCUUAUGUAUUCUCCAUCUACUGGAAAAGUAUUCUGUUUUCCAUGUGUUCUUUUUGGUGAAGAGCAGAGUGGAUCGCAAUUCAAAACUGGAUUUUCUGAUUGGAAAAAUGCGACAGACAGAAUGCAAGCCCAUGAGAAUAAUUCAAAACACCAAGAAUGUGUUCAUACCCUUAUUAGUAGACGCCGUAUUCAUGGACGAAUUGACACCUCUUUGGAAAUUUCCAUCAACAAAGAAAGAGAAUAUUGGACACAAAUUUUACAAAGACUAGUAUCGGUCAUCAAAUUUGUAUCAUCUCGUGGAUUGCCAUUUCGUGGGGAUGAUGAAAUUCUUGGUUCUCAGCAUAAUGGUAACUAUUUGGGAAUUUUAGAAUUACUCGCCGAGUAUGAUCCUUUUCUUAGUGCUCAUUUAGCUAAAUAUGGCAAUAAAGGAAAAGGAAGACCAUCAUAUUUGUCUUCAACAAUUUGUGAGGAAUUGAUUGAAAUAUUGGGAAACCGGGUUUUAGAAUUUAUUGUGAACGAAAUUAUCGAAGCUAAAUAUUUCUCCAUAAGUGUCGAUUCCACACCAGACAUUUCUCAUACUGACCAGUUGACUGUAGUGCUGAGAUAUGUCAAGUCAAACGGAGAAGUAGCAGAACGUUUUCUGGCCUUUAUUCCAAUGGCCAGUCAUAAAGGGGAAGAACUAGCAGAAGCAAUUUUGAAAUUUUUAAACAAAUAUCAUAUUAACAUCAAAAAUGCGAGAGGGCAGUCAUACGAUAACGCUUCAAAUAUGUCAGGUUGCUAUAAUGGCCUACAGGCUCAUAUUAAAAAAAUUAAUCCUCUCGCACAUUACGUUCCAUGUGCAGCGCAUUCCCUAAAUUUGGUGGGAGUGCGUGCUGCAGAGUGUUGCAUUGGUGCAAUAAGUUUUUUUGGAUUUGUGCAGACCUUGUAUAACUUUUUCUCCGCAUCAACUCAUCGCUGGGGAAUAAUGCAAAAUAACAUUGAAAACGGAUUAGUUCUAAAAAAAGUAUCUUUUACAAGGUGGUGUGCUAGAGCCGACGCAACGAAAGCUUUAUCAAAAGGUUUCCUCGAUUUUCAGAAAGCUUUGCAGUCUAUUAUUGAAGACAAAACACAAACAACACAAACAAUUCACGAGGCUCGUUGUUUAAUCAAAGAAUUUGAAAAAAAAGAAAAUGUAAUAAUGACACUUUUCUGGAAUGCCAUCCUGGAUCGGAUAAAUGCAGUAAGCAAAUCCCUACAACAUCCAGCCAUCGAACUUACAACAGCAGUCGAUCUUUUAAAAUCGCUCUUACAUUUUUUGGCAUCGCAGCGGGAAUUGUUUGAUGAGUAUGAAAUGCAGGCAAACCAAAAAACCAACAUCGAAUACAGUGAUGAAAAUCAGAGGUUUAGAAAAAGAAAAAAGUAUCAUGAUGAAGGAAGUGGAGAAGAAGUCUUACUGAAUGGAAAACAAAAGUUUAAAAUUGAAACGUAUUUGCCAAUAUUAGAUAUGCUGUACGGAGAAUUAUCGCGAAGAUUAAAAGCCUAUGAGGAAAUUAAUUCUCUCUUCGGAUUUUUAACAGAUUUCAUGACAAAGACGAACCAAGAGAUCAAAGACGCAUGUAUGAAAUUCAUUGAAUAUUAUUCUGACGACAUCGAGCCACAGUUUACUAAUGAGAUGGUGCAAUUCAAGUUUUUUAUGUUGCAAUCAGAGGAUGCACCAGAAAAAUCUAAAAUUGUGGAUGCCGAUAAGUUACUCAAAAUAAUUUCAGAUAAAAUGGUCCAAUCAACGUUCCCAAAUGUUAUGAUAGCCUUAAAAAUAUAUAGAACGAUUGAAUUCGUUAGCAAUAAUGGCGAUAGAAAACGAUGUUCUGGAUGA